CAAUAACGCCCAUUCAGAAUUCAUACAAGCCUGAGAUGAGAACUCCUGUGAAAGAGGUAACAGACAGUGGAUGUUGAGGUCAGUCAUGCCUGGGAAGUGGAGCACGCUGCUUCUUUGGAAUUCCCUCUACAUCUUUAUUUUUCUGGUCGAUGGAGCAGUGUUCAUCACACAUAAUGAAGAUAUGCAGAGGGACGCUGAGGCUGUUGCGAGCCCCAUUUCUCGUCAGAAACGUAGUACAAACAAUGCAAAGAUGGUGGAGGUGCUCAGUGUCACAGUACACUGUACGGUGGCUUCUCGGUUUGCUCACACAGUCAUGACCUCCAGUGCUUUGAACAAAGCCAACUCCUCCCAGGAAAUAUUCUUCAAGGUGGACCUGCCCAAGACGGCCUUCAUCACCAACUUCACCAUGGAGAUUGAGGGUCAGGUCUAUAUUGGGAAGGUGAAUGAAAAAGAGAAGGCUAGGAAGCAGUAUGACAAAGCAGUGUCUAAAGGGCAGACGGCUGGACUGGUCAAAGCUUCUGGAAGGACGAUGGAGACGUUCUCUGUAUCCGUCAACAUUAGAGCCAAGAGCAAUGUGACCUUCAUCCUGACCUAUGAGGAGCUUCUUCAGAGGAAAUUGGGCCAGUAUGAGAUUCUGACCCGAAUUAACCCCAAACAGCUGGUCCAGAACUUUGAGAUUGUGGCUGAUAUCUAUGAGGCCCAGGGCAUUGCCUUUGUGGAGGCCGCUGGAACCUUCCUUUCCAAUGAACUCCUCCCACUGGUGGAAAAAACUGUCACAGACAAUAAGGCACACAUCUCCUUCUCGCCCACGCUGGAUCAGCAGAGGAAGUGUCCAGAGUGUGAUGGGUCUCUGAUCAAUGGGGAUUUCAUCAUCAAGUAUGACGUGAAACGAGCGUCAAGCCUAGGAGACAUUCAGAUCGUGAACGGAUACUUUGUGCAUUUCUUUGCUCCUCCGGAUCUCCCCCGCAUCCCAAAGAAUGUGGUGUUUGUCAUCGACAGGAGUGGGUCAAUGUCAGGCACCAAGAUGAUCCAGACCCGAGAGGCAAUGCUGGCCAUUCUGCAAGACCUACACCAUGAAGACCAUUUCGGCCUCAUCCAAUUUGACCACACCAUUCUCCAGUGGAAGAAUUCUCUUAUGAAGGCCACGAGAGAAAAUGUGACCAACGCAAUGGAGUAUGUCAAGAGAAUCAGGGAUAGCGGAAGUACGAAUAUCAACGGCGCCGUGUUGAGAGCAGUGGACAUGUUGAAGCGGGAAAAGGGAGGCACACAGACAAGUGUGGACAUGAUUAUCUUACUGACUGACGGAAUGCCCAAUUCAGGGGAGAGCUCCCUCCCAAAGAUCCAGAACAACGUGCUCAACGCCAUCGGUGGUAACAUGUCUCUGUUCUGCCUGGGCUUUGGGGAAAACGUGGAUUACUCCUUCCUGGAUGUGAUGGCCAAACAAAAUAAGGGACUGGCACGCAGGAUCUAUGAAGCCUCGGAUGCAACCCUUCAGCUGCAGGGUUUCUUUGAGGAGGUGGCCACCCCUCUGCUCUCUGAGGUGGACCUGCGUUACCCUGACAACGCAGUGGAUUCCUUAACCCCUCAUCACUUCAGUCAGUUGUUCAAUGGCUCAGAGAUCGUGGUGGCCGGGCGGCUGUCUGACAAUGACAUGGACAACUUCCUGGUGGAAGUGCAGGCUGAUGGACAUGGGAAUGACUUCCAGGUGCAGGGAAAAGCCAGGGUGGCUGAGUGGGACCAGAUCUAUCCAGAGCAGGAGUACAUUUUCGGGAACUUCAGUGAGCGCCUGUGGGCUUACCUCACCCUCCAACAGCUACUGGUCGCAAGUGAGCUGGGUUCACCGGAGGAGAAGAGCAACGCCACGGCCAAAGCCCUGGAGAUGUCCCUGAAGUACAGCUUCGUCACGCCCCUCACCUCCAUGGUGGUCACCAAGCCAGAGACCGAGGAUGGUCCCAGCGGGCCCCUCAUAGCAGACAAGCUGACUGAGGGAGAGCGACGUUUUGUGGAGAAGGAUGUCAGGGCACAAGCAGCCCCGAAAGACAGUGCUAGGAAAGCCCAAAGCGUAAGGUCCAGACCGGCAGCUAGACAGAGGAGUUACGAUAAUGUGGAUGGAGAUCCUCAUUUUAUGAUAGAGCUGCCAGAGAGAGAGGACGCACUGUGCUUUGACAUCAACGGAUCACCUGGAACCAUCUUGAACCUGGUUAAAGACUCCUCCUCAGGUUUUCUGGUUAACGGGAAACUCGUUGCGAAAAAGCAAAAGAAAGCGAGCGCGAGUGGACUCAAGACCUACUUUGACCACAUCGGUGUGGACCACCAAGCCCUGGGGGUGAGGCUUGAGGUGACCACUGAGUUCAUCACUCUGUCCCAGGACGGUCAACAGGUCAAGCUGCUGUGGUCAGAUCAAGCUUCCCUCAAAGGACCAAGUGUGAAGCUUAAGGUGAUGAACAACAGCAGUCUGACCGUGACCAUAAGGGACUACAUCAAGUUUAGAGUGGUCAGGCACACAAAGGUGUGGAGUAAACGGCACUACCAUCAGGAUUAUCUGGGAUUCUACACAUUGGAAAGUCAUCGUGUGUCCCAGGAAGUCCACGGCCUGCUAGGUCAGUUCUACCAUGGGAUUGGGUUUGAGGUUGGAGAUCAACGUCCAGGAGAGGCUCCUGAGAAACCAGACGCCACCAUGUAUGUCAAAGGACAUCAGCUCAAUGUGACCAGGAGCUGGCAUCAAGACUUCAGGAAGGAUGUGCAGAGCGGAGUGCAUGUUCCCUGCUGGUUCGCUCACAGUAAUGGAACAGGACUCAUUGACGGGAGUGCUUCAGAUUACAUUGUGUCAGGCCUCUUUAAGACUGACAAGUAGGUAGUAUCAUUGAUUACAUAGCCAGACACUUCAGGCCGGCUAACAGCCUCUCUAUUUCAAUCACCUCUCAGUGGCAGCCCAGGGACCACAGGGAUUGGAGAAGUUCCAUAUCCCUGAUAAAGGGGCCAUUUGGCUAACUUUAAUUUCAGCUACUUAUUGCAUAGGUCUGGUUGAGGAGUUUUAACGGAAGGAGCCACUCAUUGGCACUUAUGAGUUCAGAUCAAGGAUCCAUCUGUAAUCUGUGUACGAUAUUUCUAAACAAGCGUGUUCUCCAUGAUAUCUGAAAUCUUUGGUUGCCUCCAGGGGGAGUUGUUGCUGUAACAAUGGAGGAGGAGAAUUAGGGAUUUAGUAGUAGUACUUAUUCCAACUGUUGAAGUGACGACAUUAAGCCGAUUAUCUCAAAGUAUUUUUUUAAUAUUCUCAUAUUAUUUCUAAAUUGUAUAAAAAGGAAAAACUGUGCCAAAAUCUUGUAAUGUAAUGCAGCACAAAUUAUGCUU